AAUAGAAAUCUGCUAAGAUAAUCUUCUUUCAUUUGGACAACGUUUUGCCUUCAAUUGAUUGUGAAAUACGAAUCAUUCUUGGAACGAUUCUUACAUUUCUUCAAACAUGGCAGCCUCCAGGGAAGACAGUGCUGUGAUGGAGUUUGCUGUGAAUAUGACAUGUGAGGGCUGUGUUAAAUCUGUGAAAAAUUCACUUCUUGAUGUAAAUGGUGUAAAGUCAGUUGAGGUGAACUUGGCAACAGACCAGGUAAUUGUUGAAAGUACUUUGACCUCUAAUCAGAUCCAAGCAUUGAUAGAAAAGACCGGGAAAAAGGCAGUUCUUCAGGGGUAUGGAUCACUGAAUAAGACCCCUGUUGAGUCAGGUGUGGUUCAAUUAAACACUGGUGAUGACAGAAUCCAGGGAGUCAUACGAAUGGUCCAAUCAAAUUCAUCCAAUUGCAUCAUAGAUGGCACUAUUGAUGGUCUACCGCAUGGGAAACACAGACUUUUUAUACAUGAACUCGGGGAUAUUUCCCAAGGAUGUGACAGUUGUGGAGAAAUUCUUGGAAGACUGAGUCCUCAGACAGAAAAGCCUGUAGGUGACCUAGGAGAAAUUGAAGCUGCAGCUAAUGGCCGGGCAGAUUUCAGAUUGACCAGCAAAAGAUUAAAAGUCUGGGAAGUCAUUGGAAGAUCUCUAGUUGUUCAUCAAGAGACACCAGAAAGUUUAACUUCACAGAUCCAGAAAAAACUUUCCUGUGGCAUAAUUGCAAGAUCAGCAGGACUCUUCCAGAAUUCCGAGAAAAAAAUCUGUUCAUGUGAUGGAGUGACAAUCUGGGAUGAAAGAAAUGUUCCUGCUGCAGGCCAUACAAGGAAAUCCAAAAUAUGAUUUUUGGGUCAAGGACAAAUGUAAAAAAAAAUGAGAUUCAAGUGUCAAGGACACAAAUCCAGGAAGAAGACAGUAAUGAUGCCAUAUACACCAUGAUUAUAGUUCUGUUGAUUGAUGUUUCACACUUAAGCAUCUUCUGAAAAUGCAGAUACAUUUUUGUCAACUCAUACAUCUUCAUGAAACAUUUUAAUGACAAGGUUAGAAUUGCAGUUCUUCAUCAAUUUUGGUACGUUUUCACAUCAUCAAAACUUACUUCUCUAUGGUACUUCAUGUAUGAAGAAAUGCACCUCGGGUGAAGGUUGUUGGAUGUGAGCCUAUUGUUGUAUUAUAUAUAUUAGAUUGUAGCUUUAACUCAAUUUAAUUGAAUUAAACAUUGUUUUGUAUUCCAUUCCAAUUGUAGCCAAAAAAUAAUACAAUGUAUUGAUUUUUUGUCGUCGGCUUUAUUAUCAUUAGAGGGGUGUAUACAGACAUCUCCCAAGCUUGUUGAUUUUUAAAUUAUAAAAUAAAUACUUAAAAC